GUUGGUUGUGAAAAUGAGUGCAAUAGCCACUAAGAAUGCAGGUAGAAUAGUGGAGUCAUUAGUAGUGAAGCCUCCAGCACACCCAACUUAUGAUUUAAAGGGUGUUAUUCAACUUGCCCUUUCUGAAGAUGCUGGGGAUUUAGGAGAUGUGUCUUGUAAGGCGACGAUUCCUGUUGACUUGGAAUCCGAAGCUCAUUUUCUAGCAAAGGAAGACGGGAUUGUAGCAGGAAUUGCACUUGCGGAGAUGAUAUUCGCGGAAGUUGAUCCUUCACUAAAGGUGGAGUGGUUUGUAAAGGAUGGUGGUAAAGUUCAUAAAGGCUUGAAAUUUGGAAAAGUACAAGGAAAGGCUCACAGCAUUGUUAUAGCUGAGAGGGUUGUUCUCAAUUUUAUGCAAAGAAUGAGUGGAAUAGCUACACUGACUAAGGCAAUGGCAGUUGCUGCACACCCUGCCUGCAUCUUGGAGACUAGGAAAACUGCUCCAGGAUUACGUUUGGUGGAUAAAUGGGCGGUAUUGAUCGGUGGGGGGAAGAAUCACAGAAUGGGCUUGUUUGACAUGGUGAUGAUAAAAGACAAUCACAUAUCUGCUGCUGGAGGUGUCAACAAAGCUCUAAAAUCUGUCGAUCAGUAUUUGGAGCAAAAUAAUCUUCAAAUGGGGGUUGAGGUUGAGACCCGGACUCUUGCAGAAGUACGUGAGGUUCUAGAAUAUGCAUCUCAAACAAAGACUUCAUUGACUAGGAUAAUGCUGGAUAAUAUGGUUACUCCAUUAUCUAAUGGGGAUGUAGAGGUAUCCAUGCUUAAGGAGGCCGUAGAUUUGAUCAAUGGGAGGUUUGAGACAGAGGCUUCAGGAAAUGUUACCCUUGAAACAGUCAAUGCGAUUGGACAAACUGGUGUUACCUACAUUUCUAGCGGUGCCCUAACACAUUCUGUGAAAGCACUUGACAUUUCCCUGAAAAUCGACACAGACCUCGCCCUUGAAGUUGGACGACGUACAAAACGAGCAUGACCACCUUUAUUUAUACUUUAUUCUAAUUUGUAAACUCAAGAGAGUAGAAGCAGCAUAAUAGCACAAAGUGCAAAUAAGAAUAAUCAGACAAAAAGAUGAAAAUUUCUCGAAUAUUUGAUGGCUUUCUUCCAAUGUAA